AUGGCAAGAGGCCCCUCGCCGCUGAGGCGGCCUAGAGCGCCUACCAUCACACUCGAUACCUCCGCCGUCAACGAUCAAGACCACGGCGAUGAAGUGAACAACACGUUAUCAGUGCCCACAAGAAAGUCACGCUCAGGAUCAUGGGACUCCAAUAACACGACAUUGGCCAAAUCUAAAACAAACGACGGCACCGACAAGGGAUCCCCCACCGUCCAGCUCUCCGGCUCGCCGAAAGGUUUCGGGGAUAACCCAGACGCCCUGGCCCCGAAUCCCGGCGAGGAGGCAUCAUUCAACGUCCAAAACAACCCAUUUGCCUUUUCGCCUGGCCAAGUAUCAAAGCUAAUUAACCCGAAAAGUUUAGACGCGUUUGUCGCCGUUGGAGGUUUGGCUGGCUUGGAGAAGGGUUUACGGACGGACAGACGCGCCGGUCUGAGUUUGGACGAAUCGCGCCUCGACGGCAGCGUCAGUUUCGAUGAGGCAGUUGCCCUUGGAAAGAAGAUCCAGUCGCCGACGGAAGCAGUAUCGACGGACGCACUGCAACAAGAUGCAGUUCACCACGGAGAUGGCUCAGGCAAGGGGUUUGACGACCGCAAGCGAGUGUUUGGACAAAACAUUCUGCCCGAGAGGAAGUCAAAGUCACUGCUACAGCUCGCCUGGAUUGCUUUGCAAGACAAGGUGUUGAUUUUGCUCAGCGUGGCAGCUGUGGUCUCACUCGCACUAGGACUGUACCAAACAUUCGGAGCCACCCACCAUGGCGACGACACGGCCAAGUUGGAAUGGAAGCGUCAGGUCGAAGGUGUUGCAAUUAUCGUCGCCAUCACCAUCGUUGUCGUCGUAGGAUCUCUCAACGACUGGCAAAAAGAGCGCCAGUUCCGCAAACUCAACCAGAAGAAGGAGGAUCGUGUGGUGAAGGUGAUUCGUUCAGGGAACCCGUCCAACAUCUCGGUUCACGACAUUCUGGUUGGCGAUGUCAUGCUCCUUGAACAAGGAGAUAUCCUUCCUGUUGACGGUAUCUUCAUCGGUGGCCACAAUGUUAGCUGCGACGAGUCUUCGGCAACUGGCGAAUCGGACCUGAUCAAGAAGGUCCCUGCAGAUGCUGUAAUGAAGGCUCUGCACGAAGAGGAAGUGAACCCCAAGAAGCUUGACCCUUUCAUUAUUUCUGGAGCUCGAGUCUUGGAUGGCGUUGGAACGUUCUUGGUUACGGCAGUCGGCGAGAACUCAAGCCACGGCAAGACAAUGAUGUCCCUUCGCGACGAUCCUGGCCUGACUCCCCUGCAGCUCAAGCUGAACAUUCUUGCGGGCUAUAUUGCGAAGCUUGGCAGUGGUGCGGGUUUGCUGCUCCUGCUCGUUCUUACUAUCGAGUUCCUGGCCCACCUUCCCCAGAACAGCGACAGCCCGGAAAUGAAGGGCCAGCGAUUCCUCCAGAUUCUCAUUACGUCCAUCACAAUCAUCGUUGUUGCAGUUCCUGAGGGUCUCCCUCUGGCUGUCACCCUCGCCCUUGCCUAUGCCACGAAGCGAAUGACGAAGGAGAACAACCUCGUCCGUCACCUUCAGUCCUGCGAGACCAUGGGCAAUGCGACAGUCAUCUGCUCCGACAAGACUGGCACGUUGACAGAGAAUGUCAUGACUGUUGUGGCCGGCACAUUGGGUACCGGAAAGCUCAAGUUUGGAGAAGGAGACGAGCAAUCCAACUCACCCGAGGCUGAGUCCGCCGAGGGCCAGGAGCAAGCGCAGGUUACCAGAGACGACAAGAAGCCUGAGAGCAAGUCUACGGCCAGAAUCCCCAUGUCCAAGCUUUCUUCCUCCCUCGACCCCGAAUUCAAGGAUCUUGUUAAGCAGUCUGUGGCGAUGAACACGACCGCAUUUGAGACGGAGGAAAACGGCAAGCAUGAGUUUGUAGGAACGAAGACGGAAACCGCCCUGCUCGACUGGGCUCGCAAAUGCUUCGCCCUCGAGAAGCUUGCCAUCGAACGCGAAAACCAUCCUGUGCAGCAGCUGUUCCCCUUUAACUCCAAGCGAAAGUGUAUGGGUGCCGUCGUGCGCCUGCCGGACAACAGAUAUCGCAUGUUUAUCAAAGGAGCACCCGAGAUCCUUCUAGGACAAUGCACACACGCUGUUGCCGACCCGACGCAAGCCCCAUCCUCAACUGCGAUGGAAACGCACCAACAAGACGAGAUCCGACGCACCAUAUCGGAAUAUGCAUCCCGAUCGCUCCGCACACUCGCCCUUGCCUACCGAGACUUCGACCAAUGGCCACCGAAAGACGCUCGGAAAGAAGAAGAUUCGCAGAACAUCGAGUUCUCCAGCAUCUUCAAGAACCUCACCUGGCUGGGUGUUGUUGGUAUUCAGGACCCUGUUCGAGCUGGUGUUCCAAAGGCUGUGGGUGAUUGCCGUAUCGCUUCCGUGUCCGUCAAGAUGGUCACUGGUGACAACGUGGAGACUGCGAGGGCCAUUGCGCGGGACUGUGGUAUCUUGACUGAGAAGGGCAAGGUCAUGGAAGGAGUCGAAUUCCGCCGCAUGGAAGACCGAGAACGUACUGCGAUUGUGAGAGACCUUGCCGUCCUAGCCCGAUCGAGCCCCGAGGACAAGAAGAUUUUAGUCAAGGCUCUGAGGAGUCUCGGCGAGGUCGUUGCAGUCACCGGCGAUGGAACCAAUGACGCCCCUGCUCUCAAGUCCGCUGAUGUUGGUUUCUCCAUGGGUAUCACCGGAACUGAGGUCGCCAAGGAGGCUUCAGACAUCAUCCUCAUGGACGACAACUUCUCGUCCAUCGUCAAAGCCCUCUCCUGGGGUCGUGCAAUCAACGACGCCGUCAAAAAAUUCCUGCAGUUCCAGAUUACCGUCAACAUCACAGCUGUGGUCCUGACCUUUGUCACAGCUGUGGGUGACGCAGAGCAGGAACCAGUUCUGAAUGCCGUUCAACUUCUUUGGAUCAACCUCAUCAUGGAUACCUUCGCUGCCCUUGCUCUGGCCACCGACCCUCCCACGGAGAGUAUGCUUCACCGAAAGCCGGAGGCCAAGACAGCGCCUCUCAUCAACACGCCCAUGUGGAAGAUGAUCAUCGGCCAGUCUAUCUACCAGCUCAUCGUCACCCUUAUCCUGCAUUUCGCCGGCCCAAGCUUCCUCCACUAUCCUACAGGCCAGCAGAAGACACUUGUUUUCAACGUCUUCACCUUCAUGCAAAUCUUCAAGCUCGUCAACAGUAGGCGAAUCGACAACAACCUCAACAUCUUUGAAGGCAUCACGAAGAACAAGCUCUUUGCUCUGAUGAUGACCAUUAUGGCUGCCGGGCAAGUUCUCAUCGUCUUCGUCGGUGGCGCUGCUUUCAAGGUUGAACGACUCAACGGUCCCCAAUGGGGCAUCUCCAUCGUCCUCGGUUUCCUGUCGAUCCCCGUCGGUGUUCUCAUCCGCCUCGUUCCCGACUCAUUCUGCGUAGCCAUCGUCAGGCCUCUCGGUAAGGUCUGGGCUAAGAUGCCCAAGUGGAAGCGUAAGAAGAAGGAUGACGACGAAGAGGACUCGGAACAGUUGGGAGGGGUCACCGAGGCACUCCUGGAGAUCCGCGAGGACCUGGCGUUCCUCAAGCGCAUCAAGGGAGGAAGAAUCAACCAUAUUAGCGAGGUCAUCAUGAAGCCUCGUGAAUACAGGGAGCGCAUCCGAAGCCGUAGCGGCUCUAGGUCCUCCAGCCGACAUAAUGUGUCGCCCAUGAAGUCCGCCCUUGGCAUGCCAGGUAUCGUGGCAGCCAGUGUUGGAGGACUGUCGCCGGUUGAAAGACCGAUAUCCAACGACCGCCGAACAACAGAAGGCGGAAACGAGGAAGAAAACCGAACCAACUGA